AUGGCCUCCUUGGAGCGUAGCAAGCUGAUCGGUGUGAUCGACGAAGGCACGAACAGUGCGCGGUUUGUGAUCUUUAAGCUGCCGGAGUUCGAAGAGAUCGCGUCACAUCAGGUGCGAAUAACGCAGAUUGUACCACGCGAUGGCUGGACGGAGCAGAACCCGAUCGAGGUGUUGGAAGCGGUGCGAUUGUGUGCGGUGGAGGCCUGCCACCAGGUGGAAAAGCUCGGUUAUCUCGUGAAGGACAUUGCGGCCAUCGGUAUCACGAAUCAGCGGGAAACGACCGUGGUGUGGGAUAAGAACACGGGCGAACCGUUGUACAAUGCGAUUGUGUGGAAUGACAUCCGGACGGAUAAGACGGUGGACCGGGUGUUGGCACGGUUGCCGGAACAGAAUCACAAUCACUUCCGGGCGCUUUCGGGCCUUCCGAUAUCGCCCUACUUUUCGGCGUUAAAGCUUAACUGGCUGAAGGAAAACGUGGUGGCUGUCCGGAAGGCUUGCCGGGAGAAGCGAUGUUACGCCGGUACGAUCGAUUCGUGGUUGGUGUGGAACCUUACCGGAGGUCCUCAGGGUGGAGCCUUCGUUACGGAUGUGACGAAUGCCUCCCGCACGCUGCUGAUGAACAUCGAGACGUUACACUGGGAUCCGCUGCUGACGAAGACGUUCUCUGUGCAUCCGGACAUGCUGCCGGAGAUCCGCAGUUCGUCCGAGAUCUAUGGCAAAGUGCGAGACAACAGUGUGCUGGAUGGAAUACCGAUUAGUGCCAUACUUGGGAACCAGCAGGCGAGUUUGGUCGGUCAACGGUGUCUGAAAGAGGGUCAGGCGAAGAACACCUACCGUAAGGGAUGCUUUCUGUUGUACAACACCGGGACCAGGUGCGUUCAAUCGACCCACGGUCUGGUGACGACAGUGGCCUACCAAAUGGGACGUUCUGCGCCACCGGUGUACGCGCUCGAAGGCUCAGUGGCCGUUGCUGGAGUGGCCAUGAACUGGUUGCGUGAUAAUCUUGGCCUGAUCAAAGACAUUCCGGUUGAUUCGGAGCAGAUCGCCGGCAACGUUUCGUCGACGGGAGACGUGUACUUCGUACCUGCAUUCACGGGCCUUUACGCGCCCUACUGGCGAAAGGAUGCGCGAGGCAUUAUUUGUGGUUUGACCAGUUUCACCACCAAGCAUCACAUCGUGCGAGCUGCCUUGGAGGCGGUAUGCUUCCAAACCCGGGACAUCAUCGAGGCGAUGAAAAAAGACUGCGGUAUCAACCUUAACAAACUGCACGCCGAUGGCAUUAUGUCGAGUAACGGAUUGCUAAUGCAGCUGCAGGCGGAUCUGAGCGGCAUUCCUGUGUUGAAAACGGAGGUACACGAACCGGCCGCUCUCGGGACGGCGAUGGCCGCGGCUCAGGCACAGGGGGUGGAUCUGUACAAGCUGGAAGCGGAAACCCGCGGCUACUCGGGAGUCCACCAUGAAACAUUCCUUCCUACGACGACCGAGGAGGAACGGAACGCUCGGUACACCAAGUGGAAAAUGGCGGUUCAGCGUAGCUUAGGGUGGGCCGUCUCGAAGAAGAGCGAAGCCAUGACGGACGAACGCUACAGUUUGCUGGCCUCUAUACCGGCCGGUUUGUUCCUGGCCACGUCCUUCAUGAUGCUGGUACACUCGCAGAGGCGAUGAUUCGGUGCAAUAGACUGCGGCUCGCCGGAAGGGUUUCGUAGAAAUUCCCUUAUAAAAGACAGACACACACGUGCGCUGAGAAAUCUCGCUCAGCCUCUGCACGUGUGAGUCCUUAAACGUAUGCGUCCGGCUGGACCCGAACUCAGGAACAGGCUGCACUUGCCUGGUUCGGUACUUAUGAAGUCAUUUUAGGUAUAUUAACAUUCGACCGGACCGGGGAUGUCCUGCCAAAGUGAGGAAACGAAAAUUAGCAAGCUCAAUCGUGAAAUAUUCCAAUGCAAAUGUGCUUAGCGUGUAAGCUGAAACGAAAUCGAUAGAUAUUAUGCAGCAGCCUACGAAGCGAUAUAGUUAGCUCGGUUCCAAUUUGCGUCGGUAUAGCGUAGAUUUACUUGUUAUGAAUUUGUUGUACCACAACGAAGGGUUGUUUUUUUCUUCUUUUUAUUCGUUAUUUAUGGGUUGAUUACGUUAGUAGUAGCAGCUUAGAUAGGAACUUUCGUUAUUUCCAUGCGAUGUUUGACGCGUCGCUGUGCCACUAUCGAAAGCGGCGAAUCGUGCGAAAACGAUGGACUUUAAUGAAGAAUACUGCCUGUGCGGAAGUCCUUUGUGAAGGCUUGUGUGCUACAUGUUUACAGGCAACAUUUUUCCAAAUUUGUGCUAGUAGUGUUUGAGAGAAAAUAAAUGAAACAA